CUGUACUUCUAUUACCAGUGUCAGGCUGAAUGUUCUUCUAUUCUUUGUUCCAGAAUCCGCCCCCAAACACCCGCGGAGGUGGUUGAGGGAUGUGGUAUCUGUGCUCGGGCGGGUGGAGCCGCUGGCGAGGGUGGCGUGGCGCUGGGCUCUGAACGAGCCUUCACCUUUGACUAUGCCUUCGACCCAGCCAGCGACCAGCAGCAGUUAUACGACACAUGUGUCAGAAAACUGGUGGAGAACGCGCUCGAUGGCUACAACGCCACUGUACUCGCGUAUGGACAGGUUGGUUAA